AUGGCAGCGGCUCGGGUUGCGCAGUCGUCGCUCCGAGCGGAGGUGCCUGCCUUCACCAAGGAAAAGGAGGCCAUCAGCGCCCUGCAGACGGAUCGCUGGCCCGAGGAACGCUUUCUCAUCCAGUCGCCAUACUCCGAGAAGGAGCACCAGCUCGACCUCGAGAGCCUCGACGUCGAAAACGCGACGCUCGCCAAGGCUUUGUGCCGCCUGCGAGCGACCCGUGACGAUUAUGCAACGGCGCCGUACAACGAAUCCUUCAAUUGGCCCGAGGUCAUUGACGAAUUGAAGCAACUCGUCAAGGCUUCGGGCAAGGCGUACAAGGAGACCUCGUUUUACAUCGUCGCAUUUCGGUCCCAGAUCAAGCCAAGCACCGAGUACAGCCACCUCGGCGAGCUGGACAAGGCUGCUCACGCCGAGGCAGUUGCCAGUGGGGGUUUCCUGAAGUACUGGUUCGGUUCUCCGGAUGCCAACCUGCACAACUUGGCCACCUGCGUCUGGAGGUCCCGCCCCGACGCCAUGGAGGGUGGACGAGGUCCGGCCCAUCGGAAAGCCGCAGGUUCUACGCGGGCUUUCUUCUCGAUUCGCGUCCACGCCGAUCCCUUGACGUCCGAACUCGACUACAACAUGGCCGACUCUUUGAAGGAUGCGCCUUUCCAGGCCGUGCAGGUCGAGGCUCUGGUCAUCAUGAAGAUUGCCAAGCAUUGCUCCUCGGCCUUCCCAACGACGGCGACGGGCUCCAUCGUCGGCAUGGAUGUGAAGACCGUGUUGGAAAUCACAAACUCCUUCCCGUUCCCCACGGUCGAGACCACCAGCACCGACGGUCACCAGGCGGAUGCCUCGACAAUCGCCGCCGCCGCUCCUCGGCAAAAGGCCAACACGGCCUACCAGACCGACAUGAUCAGGCACCUGAAGGAGGUCAACGUGGAUGCCAACAAUGUCGGAUGGUACACGAGCGCCACCAUGGGAAACUUUGUCAACAUGAGCUUCAUCGAGAACCAAUAUCACUACCAGAAGGAGAACGACAAGACGGUCGGCCUCGUCUACGACGCCAGCAAGAGCUCGCAGGGAAACCUGACGUUCAGGGCAUUCCGGCUCACGCCCAGCUUCAUGGCCGCCUACAAGGAGGGCAAGUUCACGACCGAGAUCCUCAAAACCACCAAACUGACUUUCCGGGACAUUCUCGUCGAGCUGCCCAUCACCGUCCACAACUCGCAUCUGCUCACCUCCUUCCUGCACCAACUUCCCUACCCGCCCUCGAAGGAGGAGAUUGAGGAGCCGAACUCGAUCGCCGAGCUGAAACAAUCCAUCGUCCAACCGCCGCUGUACCCGUCCAUCGACAGCCUUGACGUGUCCAUCGAUCCUUUCCUCGAGAAGACGUGCGACCUCCUCCUCGAGAGCAUCGAGUCCCACUACACGGACCUCAACAACUUCCAGUUCUACCAGAGGCAGCUUGGCCGUGAGCAGGCCAAGAUUACGCAAUGGCAGACGAAGCGAAAGGCCGAGAACGCGCUGCGCGCCGUGGCCAAGCAGCCUCUGCUGCCCGACGACGAGUGGCAGCGACUGUUCAAGCUGCCGCAGGAGCCCAGCCGGCUCGAGGGCAUGCUCAACGCGAAGCAGGUGCAGCAGUACAGCAAGCAGGUCGACGGCUUCACCGCCAACGUCACGGCCAAGAUGUUUGCCGUGCGGGAGAACCUCCUGCCUCAGUAG